CCUCAAAACACAUCCAUCUCAGUUCGCAACUCCAACACUUACCUAAAUUCUCCGUUUUCCAAACAUUUUUAUUCGAUCAAACUUGAUAUCUCCAACUUUGGGGCCUUUCUUACAAAGCAAAAUUCAUUUUUUUUGCCUUGAUUGAGAUGGGAUUAAAAGGGUUUGUCGAGGGAGGCAUUGCAUCCAUCGUGGCUGGCGCUUCUACUCACCCUCUUGAUUUAAUUAAGGUCCGAAUGCAACUUCACGGGGAGUCCCACGUCGUCCCCAAUCCAUCCCUCCAAGUCUGCCGUCCAGCACUGGCCGUUGGCUCUGUUACCGGUAACAUUUCCAUCUCUCAAAUCUCUCAACCCACUCGAGUCGGACCCAUUUCCAUGGGCGUCCGUAUUGUCCAGUCUGAAGGCAUGGCCGCUCUCUUUUCUGGUGUUUCCGCCACCAUCCUCCGCCAGACCCUCUAUUCCACUACCCGUAUGGGUCUCUAUGAUAUUCUUAAGACCAAAUGGACCGACCGUGAAAAAGGGGAUUUACCCCUUAUGCGGAAGAUAACGGCGGGCCUUAUUGCCGGUGCCGUCGGUGCAGCUGUCGGCAACCCUGCUGACGUGGCGAUGGUCCGAAUGCAAGCUGAUGGGCGGCUUCCAAUUGACCAACGCCGCAACUACAAAAGCGUGGUCGACGCACUAGGUCAGAUGACCAAGCAGGAGGGCAUUGGUAGCCUGUGGCGCGGCUCAGGGCUUACGGUGAACCGCGCCAUGAUCGUGACAGCAUCGCAGCUCGCAACGUACGAUCAAGUCAAGGAGAUGAUUUUAAAGAAGGGUGCAAUGGGCGAUGGAAUUGGGACCCACGUAACAGCGAGCUUCGCCGCUGGAUUUGUCGCAGCGGUGGCUUCGAACCCAAUUGACGUGAUCAAGACCAGGGUGAUGAAUAUGAAGGUGGAGCCCGGGGAGGCGCCGCCUUACAAGGGGGCCAUGGAUUGUGCACUGAAGACUGUGAGGGCAGAGGGACCUAUGGCCCUGUACAAGGGUUUUAUCCCUACAAUCUCAAGGCAGGGACCCUUCACGGUGGUGCUUUUUGUCACCCUGGAACAGGUCCGGAAGCUGCUAAAAGAAUUUUGAUUAUAUUGCUAAAAGAAACAAAAUAAAAAGAAUUUUCAAACAAGUUUUGACAUGAAUCCUGAAUCCUUCUAAUCCUGUUAUGCCAUGAGCAUCGGGAUACCACUUGUAUAUUUAUAAAUUAAUUGAUUAAUUUAUUUUGCUGAUGAAAACAAAAAAAGAAAAGUCAGAAUUACAU